CCUGUGGUCACCAGGACAGAGCUAGUCCGUCCCCCUCCACCCUGCCGGAGUCCCCUGGUCACAACUCUCCUGGUAGCACCUUACUGCUGGGUCUGAAGAGGGUGUCUGUGCGGCUGGUCGACUGCAGGAAAACAGCAGGGCAGAAUGGAACUGUGAGAGAAGGACACGAGGAGGGAGAUUUGAUUUCAUCACGUGACACCCCUAACUGUCGUUCUCUCAGUGGGAGGAGCUUAUCAUCUGGGGAGCCUCAACAACAUGUUACUGACGUGACAGAGAAGAGUCUCUCCAGAUCAGAACACCUCAAGAAACACCAGCAGAGAUGUAGAGGGAAGAAACCUCACCACUACUGCUCUGACUGUGGGAAGAGUUUCACUCGCAGGAGUGGCUUCAUUAUGCACCAGCGGAUUCACACCCGAGAGAAACCGUACUGCUGCUCUCAGUGUGGGAAGCGUUUCACCUGUGCAGGAAGUCUUAAAGUACACCAAAGAAUCCAUAAUGGAGAGAAGCCUUACAGCUGCCCAGAAUAUGGGAAGUGUUUUACUGCUUCUAACGCCUUCAAAUAUCAUCUGCGAAUUCAUACAGGGGAGCGGCCUUACCCCUGCCUUGAUUGUGGAAAGAGCUUCAACCAGUCAUGCAACCUGACGACACACAAGCUAACACACACUGGAGUGAAGCCUUAUAGCUGUGAUCAGUGUGGGAAGAGCUUCAAUCAGGCAGUCCACCUGACCACACACAAGCUAGCACACACUGGAGUGAAGCCUUACAGCUGUGAUCAGUGUGGAAAGCGCUUUGCUGUAGCUUCCACCCUGAAUAGACACCAGGUAACACACACAGGAGUUAAGCCUUACAGCUGUGAUCAGUGUGGGAAGAGCUUCUCUGUAGUUUCCUCCCUGAUUAGACACCAGGCAACACACACUGGAGAGAGAACUUUUGUCUGUCUAUGUGGGAAGAGCUUUGCUCUAGCUUCCACCCUGACUACACAUCAGCGAACACACACUGGAGAGAAACCUUAUAGCUGUGAUCAGUGUGGAAAGAGCUUUGCUGUAUCAGAAAAACUAACUAUACACCAGCGAACACACACAGGAGAAAAGCCUUAUAGCUGUGAUCAGUGUGGGAAGAGCUUCAGGCAAUCAGUACACCUGAAUACACACCAGCGAACACACACAGGAGAGAAUCCUUAUAGCUGUGAUCAGUGUGGGAAGUGCUUCAGUCAAUCAGUACACCUGAAUUCACACCAGCGAACACACACAGGAGAGAAACCUUACAGCUGUGAGCAUUGUGGAAAGAGUUUCAGUCAAUCAGGGAGCCUAAAUUCACACCAGCGAACACACACCGGAGAGAAACCCUAUGUCUGUUUUUGUGGGAAGAGCUUUGCUCAUUUAGGGCCAAUGAAAAAACACCAGAAAGCAAAAAUGUGCCGUAUUUCAUCUUCCGGUCCGACACCGGUUCCAGAUCCCUAAAUAAAGGAUCAGUAGAAAACAUAUAUUGAACAGUCAUAUCCAUCUCUUUCUUGCUCUGCUUUCUUAACACUAUGAACAAGGCAGGUCCUACAGUCCCUAGUUUUGUCGCACCUUGACUACUGUUCAGUCGUGUGGUGAGAUGCCACUAAAAAGGACUUGGGAAAAUUGCAUUUGGCUCAGAACAGGGCAGCACGGCUGACCCUUAGAUGUACACAGAGAGAUCAUGUUAAUAAUAUGCAUAUCAAUCUCUCCUUGCUCAAAGUGGAGGAGAGAUUGACUUCCUCACUACUUGUAUUUAUGACAGGUAUUAGCAUGUUAAAUGCACCGAGCUGUCUGUUUUGAACUACUGGCACACAGCUCGGACACCCAUGCAUACCCUACAAGACAUGCCACAGGAGGUCUCUUCACAGUCCGCAAGUCCAGAACAGACUAUGGGAAGCGCACAGUACUACAUAGAGCCAUGACUACAUAGAACUCUAUUCCACAUCAAAUAACUGAUGCAGUAAAAUUAGAUUUAAAAAGCAGAUUAAAGCAACACAAACACAGACACAUGCAUACAUGCACACACGAUAACAUACACAUGGAUUUGGUACUGUAGAUAUGAGGCAGUGGUGGAGUAGGGGCCUGAUGGCACACAGUACCAUAAUAUUGGCCUUUUUGAAUUUGUGUGUCUCGCACUCCAGGACAAUCCUACUCUGCCUGGUUGGCCUCUGUAGUUAGCGUCUGCAAGAGCAGAAAGAGUCUCUUAACAACAAGGAACUUUGGUCCCAAAUGAGGACCCAGCCGAGAAGAGAUCAACAUCCGACGAGCUUCUCCUUCACGUCUCUAUGGAUUAAAAUGACUAUUUUUUUAUUGUAAUUAUUUUUUUUAUUGUAUAAACUGCCUUAAUCUCAAUUGUCUCGAGGCUUAAAAAUCCCUUUUUAACCUGUCUCCUCCCCUUCAUCUACAUUGAUGUGAAGUGGCUUUAACAAGUGACAUCAAUAAGUGAUCACAUCUUUCACUUGGAUUCACCUGUUCAGUCUAUGUCAUGGAAAGAGCAGGGGAUCAUAAUGUUUUUUCCACUCAGUGUAUGUCCAUUAAUAUGUUAUUAAUAUAUAAAGUCAUAAAAAUGUUAAUUCCUCACUACAUGCAAAUAUGAACUGGCCAGCUACAUUUUUUUGGUUGUAAGCAAAUCACAAUGUCCAGAAUUCAUAGCGAUUUCAGGACUUGGAGUACCGCCCUGUGAAGGUGUAUCCAGUUGAUGUGAGAAAAAUGUCUGUUUGUAGCCAUCACUUUCAACUAGAGGAUUUUGAAACAACUGAAUUCUCAACUCUUGGGGUUGCCAUGUCGUUGAACGUUGAAAAGUGAUUCUAUUCUAUCAAAUUAUUUUUUUCCUCUCUUUCAUCUCAAAGAUGAAGGCAUCCAGUCAGCUAACAUCAGCACAGCAGAAAAGAGGACAAUCUGAGGGGACUCUCCUAACUGUCGCGCUCUCAGUGGGAGGGGCUAAUCACCUGGUGCGCUUCAACCACAUCAUGUUGCUGACGAGACAGAGAAGAGUCUCUCCAGAUCAGAACACCCCAAGAAACACCAGCAGAGACGUAUAGGGAAGAAACCUCACCACUGCUGCUCUGACUGUGGGAAGAGUUUCACAAGCCAGAGUGGCGUCAUUAUUCACCAGCGGAUUCACACCCGAGAUAAAUCAUACUACUGCUCUCAGUCUGGGAAGAGUUUCACCUGUCCAGGAAGUCUUAAAGUACAACAAAGAAUCCGUACAGGAGAGAAGCCUUACAGCUGCUCAGAGUGUGGGAAGAGAUUCCCUGCUUCUCAAACCUUAAAAUUGCAUCUGAGAAUUCAUACAGGGGAGAGGCCUUACCCCUGCCUUGAGUGUGGGAAAAGCUUUGCUUACACACUGGAGUGAAGUCUUAUCGCUGUGAUCAGUGUGGGAAGAGCUUCAAUCAGUCAGGCCACCUGACAAAACACAAGCUAACAAACACACAGGAGAAGCCUAUAUAGCUGUGAUCAGUGUGGGAAGAGCUUCAAUCACCUGACAAAACACAAGCUAACAAACACACAGGAGAAGCCUAUAUAGCUGUGAUCAGUGUGGGAAGAGCUUCAAUCACCUGACAAAACACAAGCUAACAAACACACAGGAGAAGCCUAUAUAGCUGUGAUCAGUGUGGGAAGAGCUUCAAUCACCUGACAAAACACAAGCUAACAAACACACAGGAGAAGCCUAUAUAGCUGUGAUCAGUGUGGGAAGAGCUUCAAUCACCUGACAAAACACAAGCUAACAAACACACAGGAGAAGCCUAUAUAGCUGUGAUCAGUGUGGGAAGAGUUAUGCUGUAGCUUCCAUCCUGAAUAGACACCAUCAAACACACACUGGAGAGACACCUUGGAUAUAUGUGGGAAGAGCUUUGUUAAUUUAGGACCAAUGAGAAAACACCAAAAAGCACAAACAUCUACACCACCUGAUGUUACAGGAAGGCCAUAAAGAUCAUCAAGGACAUCAACCACCCGAGCCACUGCCUGUUCACCCCGCUAUCAUCCAGAAGGCGAGGUCAGUACAGGUGCAUCAAAGCUGGGACCGAGAGACUGAAAAACAGCUUCUAUCUCAAGGCCAUCAGACUGUUAAACAGCCACCACUAACAUUGAGUGGCUGCUGCCAACACACUGACACUGACUCAACUCCAGCCACUUUAAUAAUGGGAAUUGAUGGGAAAUGAUGUAAAUAUAUCACUAGCCACUUUAAACAAUGCUACCUUAUAUAAUGUUACUUACCCUACAUUAUUCAUCUCAUAUGCAUACGUAUAUAUACUGUACUCUAUAUCAUCGACUGCAUCCUUAUGUAAUACAUGUAUCACUAGCCACUUUAACUAUGCCACAUUGUUUACAUACUCAUCUCAUAUGUAUAUACUGUACUCGAUACCAUCUACUGUAUCUUGCCUAUGCUGCUCUGUACCAUCACUCAUUCAUAUAUCCUUAUGUACAUAUUCUUUAUCCCCUUACACUGUGUAUAAGACAGUAGUUUAGGAAUUGUUAGUUAGAUUACUUGUUGGUUAUUACUGCAUUGUCGGAACUAGAAGCACAAGCAUUUCGCUACACUCGCAUUAACAUCUGCUAACCAUGUGUAUGUGACAAAUAAAUGUGAUUUGACUUGACAUGGCUUAAUUCAUCUCCCAUCUAUCCAACACCAGUUCCAGAUCCCUUAAUAAAGGAUCAAUAGAAAACAUCUAUUGAACAGUCAUAUCCAUCUCCCAUUAAACAGUUGCUUUAGUCUGAUCACCAUGGCAUAAUAUGCAGCUCUGAUCUAGGAUCAGGUUUCCCCUGUGUCUAUGUAAUAUCACAGACACAGGGGAAUAAUUGUGUUGAUAAUUGUAUCUUCUUUCAUGUACUCAUGAUACUAAUAUUAUUAAAUGUCAUUAUGUAGAAUAAUAUUUCAACAAUAGGUGUAUAUUCAUGUAUUCAAUUGAUCAAUACAUUCAAGCCAAUUAUCUUCUGAACAAAAUGUUAUCACUAUAUUUUUAUAAUAAUAUCUAAAUGGAUUAAAAUGCUCCUUUAAAAAUGAUCAAUAAUACAUUGGAUAAUAAUAUCCAUGAGGUCCUGGUAAGAACUAUGCAUGCUGUCUUGUAACAACGUCUAAUGACUUUAAUAACUUUUAGAUUUAUGUAACAAAACUGGUAAAUGUAAUGUCUUGUUGGUUAAUAUGAUAAAAUGUUUAAUUGUAGUAAUAUA